AUGAAUGGUGUGACAAAUGCUAAAGGAGGUUUUGCUGACAUCAAGGUUCGUGCACAAGCUAAUUGCUCCCAGACAUUAGGGGAAUUAGCAGGCAUCCUCUUUGGAAGAAGAGAUUUUCAGCAUACGCAGUGCUUUGUUCUUCUGUUUUCAUUUUGGAGCUCCUCCAGUUCAGCACCAGCAGCAUUACAUGACUCAGUUUUGCAGCCUCCCAAUCUACUGCAGGAGACAUAUUGUGAAAACACGGUAUGGCUUUACCCAGGAGCUGUUUGGACUGCCCAGCAACAGCAACCUUAUACAACAAUGAACCUGAGUUCGCUGCCAUGGUUUGUGGUCGGGCUUGGUGAAUCACUAAUUCUGAAACAGUAUCCUAUGAAUAUUGAGAAGAAAUCUGGUCAGUCAGCUCAGAUCUACUGUGAACUUCAUAAUGGAAAUGCCACUGAAGACAUGAGACUAGUAUGGUACAGAUACACAAGUAAAUCAAAGGUUGGAGAAAUCAAUUUAAGGACAAGGAACUUCACAGCCAUUAACCGUGUCCUUUUUAAAUGGGACCUUAGCACCUAUAAGGCAUCAAUGUCAAUUACACAGCUGGUGAAAAAUGACUCUGGAGAAUAUGGUUGUGAACUGGUCUCAUUUUCUAGCCCUGAGAUCAUAAAGAAAGCCAAUGCAACAAACCUUACUGUUACUGAAGAACAGUGGAUUGGUCCACAGAACAGAAACAACACAGACAAUAACAAGGCAGAAGAAUUCCAGAAUAAGGAAGCUAGAAUUCAAAUAAUUGUUGCAGCAGUAUUAGCUGCAUUUGUCAUCAUCUGCCUGUUAAUUUAUCUUUUAUUCAGAUACCGACCAAAAAAACAAGGUCCAAAUGCCAAUCCUCCUCCAGCAGAUGUCAGUUGCCAGGUAAUUGUACUCAAGGUUAUUGACAUGCACUAA